ACCACCACAUCCAGCUAAUUUUUGUAUUUUUGGUAGAGAUGGGGUUUUGCCAUGUUGCCCAGGCUGUUCUCAAACUCCUGGGCUCAAGUGAUCUGCCCACCUCGGCCUCCCCAAGUCCUGGGAUUAUAGGUGUGAGCCGCUGCGCCUGGCUGAGGGUUCCACUGUCUGUACGUCUGCAGCAAUACAUACCAUUCUUGUGGGUAAAAGGUGGUAUCUCAUUAUAGUUUUGAUUUGCAUUUCCCCAAGGACAAAUGAUGGCAAGUGGCUUUUCUUGUGCUUUUUAGCCAUUUGUAUAUGUUUUUGGUGAAAUGCCUGUUGAAAUGUUUUGCCUUUUUAAAAAUAGAGUUGUCUCCUCUGUUCAGUUUUGAGAGUUCUUUACAUACACAGUAUCAUAUAUAUAUAUAUACACCAGAUAUAUGAUUUGCAAAUAUUUUCAACCAUCAAUAGUUUGUCUUAAAACUUUUUAUUGGUGUUUUGAAGUAGAAAAGUUUUACAUUUUGAUCCAUUCCAAUUUAUUAACUUUUUCUUUUAUUGUGCAUCUGGUGUCAUAUCUAAGAAAUCUUAAUCCAUUGUCACAAAGAUUUAAUCUUAUAUUUUCUUCUAACCGCUUUCUAGUUUCUGUGUAAGAAUCUGUCCAUUUUACCUAAGUUGCAUAAUUUGUUGGCAAACAGUUGUUCAUAGUAUUUCCUUGAAAUCCUUUUAAUCUCUGUAAGAUUGGAAUUGCUGUCUCCUCUUUUAGUCCUGAUUUUAGUUAUUUGUGUUCUCUCUCUCUCUGGUCAAUGUAGCUAAAGCUUUGUCAAUUCUCUUGAUCUUUUCAGAGAACUGACAUUUGAUUUUUUUUACUUUAUCUUUUUCUUUCUGUUCUCUAGUUCAUUGGUUUCCACUCUAAUAUUUAUUAAUUUCCCUUCUUCUCACUUUGGGUUUAAUUUGUUCUGUCUUUUCUUAUUGUAGUUACUUACAAUGGAAGCUUACACACUUGAUUUAAGAUUUUUUUUCUAAUGUAGACAUUUACAGCUAUAAAUUUCCCUUGAAACACAGCUUUAGUUAUAUCUCAUAAAUUUUGGUAUGUUGUGUUUACAUUUUCAUUCAGCUCAGAGUAUCUUUUGAUUUUCUUCUUUGACCCAUUGCUUAUUUAGAAGUGUGUUGUUUAAUUUCUAUGUAUUUAUAGAUUUCCCAAAUUUCUUUUGUUAAUUUCUAAUUUCAUUCCCCUGUGGUUAGAGAAGAAACUCUGUGGAUAUCAGUCCUUUUGAAUUUCUCAGAAUUGUUUUAUGGUCCAGCAUAUGAUUGACCUUGGACACUGUUCCAUGUGCACUUGAGGAGAACGUGACUUCUGCUCUUGCCAGGUGGAGUGUUCUAGAGAUGUCAGUUGGUGUCCAGUGAUGUCAAGUCAUUUGUAUCUACUGAUUUUCUUUCUAAUUAUUCUAUCCAUUAUUGAGAGUGGGGUAGGAUUUUGGUGUCCAAUUAUUGUUUUUUUGUUGUUUUUGUUUUGUUUUGUUUUGUUUUUGAGGUGGAGUCUCACUUUGUCACCCAGGCUGGAGUGCAGUGGUAUGAUCACAGCUCACUGCAGCCCCCACCUCCCAAGGCUUAGGUCACCUCAGCCCCCUGAGUAGCUGCAACUACAGGCAAGUACCAUCAUGCCUAGCUGAUUUUUGCAUUUUUUGUAGACAGGGUUUUGCCAUGUUACUUAGGCUGGUCACGAACUCCUGGGCUCAAGUGACCCACCCACCUCGGCCUCCCAAAGUGCUGGGAUUACAAGCGUGAGUCACCAUGCCCGGCCCAACCAUUACUGGUGAAUUGACUGUUUCACCCUUCAAUUCUUGUUUUGGGGCUAGGUUGUCAGGAAAACCAAAAUGCUACGCACUUCUACCUAUGAUCCUUUUCCUAAUAAUGCUUGUCUUGGUCUUGUUUGGUUACGGGGUCCUAAGCCCCAGAAGUCUAAUGCCAGGAAGCCUGGAACGGGGGUUCUGCAUGGCUGUUAGGGAACCUGACCAUCUGCAGCAUGUCUCGUUGCCAAGGAUGGUCUACCCCCAGCCAAAGGUGCUGACACCGUGUAGGAAGGAUGUCCUCGUGGUGACCCCUUGGCUGGCUCCCAUUGUCUGGGAGGGCACGUUCAACAUCGACAUCCUCAACGAGCAGUUCAGGCUCCAGAACACCACCAUUGGGUUAACUGUGUUUGCCAUCAAAAAAUACGUGGCUUUCCUGAAGCUGUUCCUGGAGACGGCGGAGAAGCACUUCAUGGUGGGCCACCGUGUCCACUACUAUGUCUUCACCGACCAGCCAGCCGCAGUGCCCCGCGUGACGCUGGGGACCGGUCGGCAGCUGUCGGUGCUGGAGGUGCGCGCCUACAAGCGCUGGCAGGACGUGUCCAUGCGCCGCAUGGAGAUGAUCAGUGACUUCUGCCAGCGGCGCUUCCUCAGCGAGGUGGAUUACCUGGUGUGUGUGGACGUGGACAUGGAGUUCCGCGACCACGUGGGCGUGGAGAUCCUGACUCCGCUGUUCGGCACCCUGCACCCUGGCUUCUACGGAAGCAGCCGGGAGGCCUUCACCUACGAGCGCCGGCCCCAGUCCCAGGCCUACAUCCCCAAGGACGAGGGCGAUUUCUACUACCUGGGGGGGUUCUUCGGAGGGUCGGUGCAAGAGGUGCAGCGGCUCACCAGGGCCUGCCACCAGGCCAUGAUGGUCGACCAGGCCAACGGCAUCGAGGCCGUGUGGCACGACGAGAGCCACCUGAACAAGUACCUGCUGCGCCACAAACCCACCAAGGUGCUCUCCCCCGAGUACUUGUGGGACCAGCAGCUGCUGGGCUGGCCCUCCGUCCUGAGGAAGCUGAGGUUCACUGCGGUGCCCAAGAACCACCAGGCGGUCCGGAACCCGUGAGCGGCUGCCAGGGGCUCUGGGAGGGCUGCCAGCAGCCCCGUCCCCCUCCCGCCCUUGGUUUUAGCAGAACGGGUAAACUCUGUUUCCUUUGUCCGUCCUGUUGUGAGUAACUGAAGCCUAGGCCCCGUCCCCACCUCAAAUCACACACACCCCCUCCCCGCCACAGAGACACCAUUACAUACACAGACACACACAGAAAGACACACACAGACACAAAAUCACACACACACCCUCCCCGCCACAGAGACACACCAUUACAUACACAGACACACACAGACACACAAUCACACACAGCCCCUCCCCGCCACAGAGACACACCAUUACAUACACAGACACACACAGACACACAAUCACAGAUACCCCCUCCUGGCCAUAGAGACACACCGUUACACACACAUACACAGAAAGAUACACACAGACACACAAUCACACACAGCCCCUCCCUGCCACAGAGACACACCAUUACAUACACAGACACACACAGACACACAAUCACACACACACCCCCGCCACAGAGACACACCGUUACAUACACAGACAUACACACACACACAGACAUACACAGACACACACAGACACACAAUCACACACACCCCCUCCCCGCCACAGAGACACACCAUUACACACACAGACACACACAGAAAGACACACAUACACACAAUCACACACACCCUCUUCCUGCCACAGAGACGCACCAUUACAUACACAGACCCAGACACACAGACACACAGAGACACAGACACACAAACAUAGACACACACACACAGACACACACCAGACACGCAAAGACACACAGACACAGAUACACAGAUACAAAGACACAGACAUAUAGACACACAGACAUGCACAGAGACACAUGGAGACACAUGCAAAAAUGCACAAAGACAUACAGAAGUGUACACACAGACACAUAGACCACACAGACACACAGACAUGCAUGCAAACACACAGACAUGCAGACAUGCACACAAACACAGACGCACGCACACAGUCUUAGGCAGCCCAAAUUCAGCACCUGGGGCAUAAGUUCCUGGAGGGGUGGCCACCUUCAGCCCCCACGGUAAGGUCCUGAGGAACCUUCCCCUUAGACAAAGGAUCAUGGAGGAGGUCUCUUCCGGAGCCUGGAGGGAGGCCUCAAGUGGUCCUUCCACCUCGGCAUCCCAAAGUGCUAGGAUUAUAAGCAUGAGCCACUGCACCUGGCCCCAACAUCAUUUAUUGAACAGACUGUCGUUUCCACAUUGUGUUUCUUGGCAUUUCUGUCAAAAAUCAGUUGACCGUAAAUGCAUGGAUUCACUUCCGGGCUCUCUAUUCUGUUUCAUUGGUCUGUUUGUUUUUAUGCCAAUACCAUGCUGUUUUGAUUAUUAUAGCUUUAUAGUAUAUUUUGAAGUUAGGUAGUGUAUUGUCUCCAGCUUUGUUCUUUUUGCUUAAGAUUGCUUUGGCUAUUUAGGGGUCUUUGUGGCCAUUACUGACAGUUAAAAUGGCCCUGGCUCAUGUCUCCUGGGCCUCUACAGUACUUUAGGUGGGGAAGUACUGUGGCCCACAUGUCCCAACAGGCUGUGUGUGGCACCUGACAGUGCUUUGUGCCACUGUGGAGCAGGUGUUACUCCCUCAUACGAAUUUUAGGAUUAUUUUAUUUAUUUCAGUGAAAAAUGUCAAUGAAAUUUUGAUAGGGAUUGCAUUGAAUCUGUAGAUUGUUUGGGGUUGUAUGGACAUUUUAACAAUAUUAAUUCUUCCAAUUCAUGAACAUGGGAUGUCUUUUUUUUGGCACCUGAUCUCAGAUAUGGGACAGCUUUCUAAUUAUUUGUAUCUUCAAUUUCUUUCACAAAUGUUUUAUAGUUUUCAGCAUACAGAUCUUUCACUUCCUUGGUUGGAUUUAUUUGCAAGUAUUUUUUGUAGCUAUUGUAAAUGACAUUGUUUUCUUGAUUUCUUUGUUAGGGUAUAGAAAUGCUACAGAUUGUUGUAUGUUAAUUUUAUAUCCUGCAACUUUACUGAUUUCAUUUAUUCUAACAUCUUAUUGGUGGAAUCUUUAGGGUUUUCUAUAAGAUCAUGUCAUCUGUAAACAGGGACAAUUUAAGUUCUUCCUUUCCAAUUUGGAUACCUUUUAUUUCUUCCUCUUGCCUAAUUAUUUUGGCUGAGGGCCAACUUGUUGGGUUUGUUGUUGUUGGUUUUUGUCUGUGUCUUUUCGUGUUGCUGGCUUUUCCAGCACACAGUCGCAGAUAUAUGAGGCAGAAAGAAAACCCAGGGAACUCCUGUCAUGUCAUUCCUCAGGUCCCAAGGUCCCUACAUGGUCUGCCUUCUUCUCUCCACCUUUUAGUGUUUGAUAUACAUACAUUUAUGUAUGUAGUUAUAUAUGUAUGUGUAAUACCCAGGGAAAUAUACAGGGAUUUUAACUGUCCUUAGUGUAGGGCGUGGGGACAGGUGCAUCUAUUCUACCUUGCCUGGAAGUGGAAAAAUCUUCAAGAAAUCAAUUUAUCACCAACUGGCAUGACAGAACUCCCGGUUUAGUGUCUAGCUGUCCCCACUAAAAUCAAUCACCAUGCCAUCAGGCACUCUCUUCCCUCUGCUGUGUACUGGUACCUGAAACAGCAUCCAGCACCCUGAGAGCACAGGAAGUCUGAGGGCAGGAAAGAAUGAACGCAGCUUCUUAUGUGCCCCACCCAAUAAUCCCAAGUCGAGCACGGACCUGGGAGCUGAAGAGACAAGCUGGAGGUCAGGCAGUUCUAUUACUUAAGCCUGGUUCUUCCUGACUCCAAAAGCCAGGCGCCACCCCAUGCUCCUUCCCAGCAGAAGCUGGUUUUCACCGGGUCAGGAGGACAGGAUGGCUAUUCCUGACCGUUGUACAGCAGUGCCACAUCUCCUAGUUUCCAGAACAUUUAAUGUGUUGCUGUGGAGGCCUGGCAGCUCUGAAGUAGCCCCUUGCGCCCAGGAGAAACCGGGCCUGGAGGGGUGGGGUGGGGUAAGCUGAAGCUUCCAGUAUCCCACGUGGGCAUUCUGUUGCUGAGGGCAACAGAAUGCAGGGAGGGGAAGGAGCAGGCAGGCACACCCUUCCUCCCUCCACAUUUCACUGGAGUUGACCUGUGUCCUACUGUGGUUGCACCUGGACCAGCCCAGAGGGACUGGAGUGACUCUUCCCGCAGGUAGGGCACAGCCAGCCUGGGCACAGGGCCUCGCUGCAAUCCCUGCGCCCCGCCUCCCUGGGGGAUUUCCAGGGGUUGUCCCGCUGCUUGGUGAGCUGGGGGUGUGGGGGACCACAGAUGAGGCAGGCGCCUAAAUUGCUUGGGCGGAGUCCAGCUGCUCUCUCCCUCCGGGCCCCUUCCUGUGUCCUCGGGCCCCUCGGGUCCCUGCACCAGGCCAGCAGCGGUCGGGUGUCAGAGGUUCAAGUCCGGGCUGACUCCUCGGACGCACCGACUUUGCCCAGGAGGGCUGGGGAGAGGGCAGCCCCAAAGUGUCAUCUUUGAUUAUUCUUUGUCCCCAAAGCCAGCCUUGGGCAUGUGCCCAGCACAGGGAGAGCUGAUGCCUCCGUGGGCUUGAGUCAUUUUUGCUUCCUUGCCCCUCUCUGCUCUGUUUGGUUUAAAAAACAAAAACCAACACCCAUGGGUGAGGCGAGGCGAGGCGAGGCGAGGCGUGCCUUGAUCCACCCGCUUCCUCCCCUGCAGCCUCGGGCCCCAUCCUCCCGCGUGGCCGCACUAGGGGUGCUGGGGGCGGAGUGGGGACCAGACCUGAGUGGGUUCUGGGUUCCGCUUCGCAGCAGGAGCAGCUGGGGCAUCAUCAGUUGGGCAGGUGACCCAGGAUCUGAGCAGGAAUCUUCCAGGUGGAGGUGGGGCCGCCCCUCUGCUUCCCACAGCUGCCUUCUGCUCUGGGGGCAGCACUGGCUGAGAAUCCAGUGAAGUAAGGCCUUUGAAAUGGUUUUGAUUGUCAAAGUAAUGUUUAUGUUUAGCCAUUCCUUUUUUUAUUUUUUAUUUUUUGAGACAGGUCUCCCUCUGUCACCCAGGCUGGAGUGCAGUAGUGAAAUGUGGGCUCACUGCAACCUCCACCUCCCAGGUUCAAGUGAUUCUCCUGCCUCAGCCUCCUGAGUAGUUGGGAUUACAAGUGCCUGCCACCACACCUGACUAAGUUUUGUAUUUUUUAGUAGAGAUGGAGUUUCACCAUGUUGGCCAGGCUGGUCUCAAACUCAUACCCUCAAGUGAUCCACCCUCCUCGUCCUCCCAAAGUGCUGGGAUUUUGCCAUGAGCCACCACGCUCAGCCAGGUUUAGCCAUUUUUAAAAGGUGUGAACAGAUAAUUAAGCCUAUUAGCAACAUUAGAAAAUUUAAGUUAAAAUUUAAAUGACUCUAGCAAGAAUUAGCCCUUAGGUGCCCUGGGUCCCCCUCCUCACCGCCCCCCACCCCGCCGCCUUCUGAGAAGCGUUUUGUAAUUUUUCUUAUUUAUAAAAUGGGUUUGAUUCAAAACUGACUUUUCCUCUUCAGAGUCUCACAGGCCCUUCCCCAGGUCCAAGAGGCUCUUCUGUGGCCUGAUGACAAGUAGCUGCCUAGCCGUGGUAGCAUCUCCUAUCACAUGUUAAGGGGCCCCUCCCCAGGGCCACACCUGGCAGAAGAUGGCUUAUGAUGUUAGCAGCUUGAAAGUAGUGUAAACCAAAGAUAAAAUUCUAAGCCCACUCCCCCAGCCAUCGGAAUGGACCCCUCCUCUUGUCCAGGGCACUCCAAAGUUAACCUGAAAAACUGGUUCAGGCUGUGAAGAGAAGGUGGAGUGGACAUGCCUCAUUUAUGUCCUCCUCCCUGUUGGAAUUCAGCAAAGCUGACCAGCGUGAACAUUAACACAGACCUUAAGUCUGAUUAGUGGCAUUUACAAUCUAUACUCUCUGAAGCGUGCUACCUGGAGGCUUCCUUUGCAUGAUAAAACUUUGGUCUCCACAACCCCUUAUCAUAACCUAGACAUUCCUUUCUAGUGAUAAUAACUCUUUCAACCAAUUGCCAAUAAAAAAAUUUUGAAUCUACCUAUAACCUGGAACCUCCCCGCUCCACCUUCGAGUUGUCCUACCUUUCUGGACAGAAGCAAUGUGGAUCUUGCAUGUAUUUGAUUGAUGUCUCAUGUCUCCCUAAAAUGUAUACAAUUAGGCUGUGCCCAGAUCACCCUGAGCACAUGUUCUCAGGCCCUCCUGAGGUCUCUGUCUCGGGCCAUUGGUCACUCAGAUUCGGCUCAGAAUAAAUCUCUCCAAAUAUU